AGGAACCGGAAGUGUCGCCGGCGCCGAGGCCGAGGCCGCUGCCGCUGCUUCUAAGUGCCGCGUUCGCCGCCUGGGUUGCCACCGGCGCCACCGCCGAGGAAGCUGCUGCAUCCGGGACGGGAGUGGAGGCGGUGCGGCAUGAAGCGGCGCAGGCCUGCUCCGUAACGCGCGUCGGGACGGUCCGGGCGGGGCCGGGGGGAAGGAUUGAAUGGUGAGAAAAGGACAGAUUCCUGUGAGAGGAGAGCAGAAUGAGCAGAGGGAUCUAUGCUUGAACUUGAGUCACUUGAAAAAGAUCUCUUUGUAUGUGGAAGAGAUCUGCACAGAUGAAAAUACAAUCAGGAAAAUGCAACAUGGCAGCAGCAAUGGAAACAGAACAGCUGGGUGUUGAGAUUUUUGAAACUGCAGAGUGUGAGGAGAAUAUUGAAUCACAGGAUCAGCCUAAAUUGGAGCCAUUUUAUGUUGAGCGAUAUUCCUGGAGUCAGCUUAAAAAGCUACUUGCUGAUACCAGAAAAUAUCAUGGCUACAUGAUGGCUAAGGCACCACAUGAUUUUAUGUUUGUGAAGAGGAAUGAUCCAGAUGGACCUCAUUCAGACAGGAUUUAUUACCUUGCCAUGUCUGGUGAGAACAGAGAAAAUACACUGUUUUAUUCUGAAAUUCCCAAAACCAUCAACAGAGCAGCAGUCUUAAUGCUCUCUUGGAAGCCUCUUCUGGACCUUUUUCAGGCGACACUGGACUAUGGAAUGUAUUCUCGAGAAGAAGAAUUAUUAAGAGAAAGAAAACGUAUUGGAACAGUUGGAAUUGCUUCUUAUGAUUAUCACCAAGGAAGUGGAACAUUUCUGUUUCAAGCUGGUAGUGGAAUUUAUCAUGUAAAAGAUGGAGGCCCACAAGGAUUUACACAACAACCUUUACGGCCCAAUUUAGUGGAAACUAGUUGUCCCAAUAUACGGAUGGAUCCAAAAUUAUGCCCUGCUGAUCCAGACUGGAUUGCUUUUAUACAUAGCAAUGAUAUUUGGAUAUCCAACAUCGUAACCAGAGAAGAAAGGAGGCUUACUUAUGUGCACAAUGAGCUAGCCAACAUAGAAGAGGAUCCUCGAUCAGCUGGAGUCGCUACCUUUGUUCUUCAAGAAGAAUUUGAUAGAUAUUCUGGCUAUUGGUGGUGUCCAGAAGCUGAAACAACUCCCAGUGGCGGUAAAAUUCUUAGAAUUCUAUAUGAAGAAAAUGAUGAAUCUGAGGUGGAAAUUAUUCAUGUUACAUCCCCUAUGUUGGAAACAAGGAGGGCAGAUUCAUUCCGUUAUCCUAAAACAGCCUCUUAUUUUUUGAUACCUUUAUUAAAAAGUGUGAAUUUGAGAUGGGGCUCUGAAAUUCAAGUGCAGCACAGCAAUCCUAAAGUCACGUUUAAGAUGUCAGAAGUAAUGAUUGACGCCGAAGGAAGGAUUGUGGAUGUUAUAGAUAAGGAACUAAUUCAACCUUUUGAGGUUCUAUUUGAAGGAGUUGAAUAUAUUGCCAGAGCUGGAUGGACUCCAGAGGGAAAAUAUGCUUGGUCCAUCCUACUAGAUCGCUCCCAAACUCGCCUACAGAUAGUGUUGAUCUCACCUGAAUUAUUUAUCCCAGUAGAAGAUGAUGCCAUGGAAAGGCAAAGACUUAUCGAGUCAGUGCCUGACUCUGUGACACCACUAAUUAUCUAUGAAGAAACAACAGACAUCUGGAUAAAUAUCCAUGACAUCUUUCAUGUUUUUCCCCAAAGUCAGGAAGAUGAAAUUGAGUUUAUUUUUGCCUCUGAAUGCAAAACAGGUUUCCGUCACUUAUACAAAAUCACAUCCAUUUUAAAGGAGAGCAAAUACAAACGAUCCAGUGGUGGGCUGCCUGCUCCAAGUGAUUUCAAGUGUCCUAUCAAAGAGGAAAUAGCAAUUACAAGCGGUGAAUGGGAAGUUCUUGGCCGGCAUGGAUCUAAUAUCCAGGUUGAUGAAGUCAGAAGGCUGGUAUAUUUUGAAGGUACCAAAGACUCCCCUUUAGAACAUCACUUGUACGUGGCCAGUUAUGUAAAUCCUGGAGAGGUGACAAGGCUGACUGACCGUGGCUAUUCCCAUUCUUGCUGCAUCAGCCAGCAUUGUGACUUCUUUAUAAGUAAGUAUAGUAACCAGAAGAAUCCACACUGUGUGUCCCUUUACAAGCUAUCAAGUCCUGAAGAUGACCCAACUAGCAAAACAAAGGAAUUCUGGGCCACCAUUUUGGAUUCAGCAGGUCCUCUUCCUGACUAUACCCCUCCAGAAAUUUUCUCUUUUGAAAGUACUACUGGAUUUACGUUGUAUGGGAUGCUGUACAAGCCUCAUGAUCUACAGCCUGGAAAGAAAUACCCCACUGUACUGUUCAUAUAUGGUGGUCCUCAGGUACAGUUGGUGAAUAAUCGGUUUAAAGGAGUCAAGUAUUUUCGCUUGAAUACCCUAGCCUCUCUGGGUUAUGUGGUUGUGGUGAUAGACAACAGGGGAUCCUGUCACCGAGGGCUUAAAUUUGAAGGCGCCUUUAAAUAUAAAAUGGGUCAAAUAGAAAUCGAUGAUCAGGUGGAAGGACUCCAGUAUCUAGCUUCUCGGUAUGAUUUCAUUGACUUAGAUCGUGUGGGCAUCCAUGGCUGGUCCUAUGGAGGAUACCUCUCCCUGAUGGCAUUAAUGCAGAGGUCAGAUAUCUUCAGGGUUGCUAUUGCUGGGGCCCCAGUCACUCUGUGGAUCUUCUAUGAUACAGGAUACACGGAACGUUAUAUGGGUCACCCUGACCAGAAUGAACAAGGCUAUUACUUAGGAUCUGUGGCCAUGCAGGCAGAAAAGUUCCCCUCUGAACCAAAUCGUUUACUACUCUUACAUGGGUUCUUGGAUGAGAAUGUCCAUUUUGCACAUACCAGUAUAUUACUGAGUUUUUUAGUGAGGGCUGGAAAGCCAUAUGAUUUACAGAUCUAUCCUCAGGAGAGACACAGCAUAAGAGUUCCUGAAUCUGGAGAACAUUAUGAACUGCAUCUUUUGUACUACCUUCAAGAAAACCUUGGAUCACGUAUUGCUGCUCUGAAAGUGAUAUAAUUUUGACCUGUGUAGAACUGUGGUAUACACUGGCUGUUUAACCAAAUGAGGAGGUUUAAUCAAUAGAAAACAAAGAAUUGAUCAUCACCUCUUGGUACCUGCCAAACAUCUCCUGAAAGUAAAUUUGGUGCCAUGCAGGCAGGCAUCUACAGCUUAUGGAUAGUAAUCUAAUAACUUAACCAUACACAUACAAAAUUGAAUGAUACAUAUUUCUAAGGGACCUAGAAAUACAAAUACCAUGAGAAUUACUGAAAGAAAUAAGACAUUAGCACCAUGUAUCCAGACUACCCUAUUUUCACUUUUAACAGCAUUAUUAUAAACCUCAUGGAUUUAAUUAGUGUAUUUUUACAGUAUACUUCUGAGUUUGUUAAAAUAUGAUAUUAGUGAUUGGUUUGGUUCAAUUUCAGAAUCUCUGACUAGUUUCAGAUUUGAUAGCACUUAAAUGUAACUGAAUAGCUUAUGUUUCAUUGCUUGGGGUGUAUCCAGCAUGUUAAAACUAAUCACUAUUAAACCUAACUUAACCAGUCAUUAAUGAUUUUUCAAGGAUACCUUAGUGGCCUCCUGAAGACACUUAUUUUGGCUCUGACCAGUUUUUAGCCAAUUUAAACUGUAUCUAGUAUAAAUAAUUCUCAUUUUUCUUUGAUGACAUGACAGAGUGGGUUUUUCCUUAUGCAUAAAGGCAAGUAACUAUAUAUGUAGCAUGAAUUUAAUUAGUCUUAUGAUAUUGAUAAUUACAGGCAGAAAAAUUUGAUUAGAGCUUAAAUAUUUGCAGGCAAGUUUCUUUUUUUCCUUUAGGAAAAAGAAAAGGUACACAUUCACCUGUAUUCUUCAGAAAAUUUUAGUGGGGCCAGUUUCCAUUCAAUAUUUCCUUAUUAAAAUGUUCCAGAGUUUUAGGGGGGUUGAAGUUCUGGAAUCACAGUGGGGUGGGGGAGACCAGGGUGUGGGGAGUGACAGGGACAGGAGGUGGUGGGGGGGGUCUGCUUAAGAACUAAGCAGAGUACUUUUAACAAAAAUAGUCAUGAAAAAGUUGGGGAAGUGAAAUUUAAACUCCUAGAAUGUUAAGGAAACAGGAAUUAAGAAAUCACUCUAUUGCCAUCACAGCUGCAGACUAACAUUAUUCAGGGGAGGAAAAGUUCCUUAGAGUUGUUUUUAUAAUUCUAAUUUUUUUUAAAUUUUUUCCUUUUAACUUUAGAAACCUUGCAAAUUUAAGCUUUACCCUUUUUAAAUUAUUUGAACAUAAUUUAGAUACUAUGAGCUUAAAAUAAAAAGGUUUACAGACAACUUCUUUCAUAAGCUAAUUCCCAGCAAGCUACGGCUCUCUUUUUCAGUGCUUAAAGCCUAUAAAUAGUUUUCUUGAGUGGCCAUGACAUUUUCUUGGUUUAGUCCUAGCACUUGACUGUGAAGAGAGCUCACAGGCUUUCAGGUGCUAAUUGGGAUCUGCCUUAAAAGGGGUCUUGGGGUGCUAGAUGGGUCAUAUUGGCACCAGUGGCAGGGAAUGCAUCUAUGAGUUUGGAGUUUGACCCUUUUUAUCACAAGCUUCAGUGUUCAGAAAGUUGUUAUUACCAAUACUUUUAAACAACAAAGAAAAAUUGCUGUUUCUUUCUCAUCACUACAGAGAGUGGAUUUCUCCCAUAGUGAGCACAGCCUCCAUUAGUAAGGAUGGUUACCGUGCAUCAGAGGUGUGGAUUUCAUCAUUUAGGGCCAGAUGGGAGGCAGGGUGACCUGAUGGUUCUGUCCUUGGGAAGGAGAUUAGAUUUUGUUGUUUGUAUUUAUACUGUAUAAUAGAUAUCACACUUUUUCUUAUUCACUGUGUAUGUAUUGAUUUUCAUGUUUAUGAUAUUUUCCCAUGCCAAAAUUUGUUUAUAUUUUUUCAAUGUUAAAUUAAAUUGAUUUGGGUAACUUUU